GAGGGGGGCAGGGCAGGGGGGGGGGGGUCGGACCGGCUAAGAGCCGAACCGGAAAGAAGUUUGUGUGUGAGUUGUUGGGGAUCGGGAGAGAAGGGCUCCUCUCAGCAGAAGAUGUCACAGAGGAUAAAAGAACAAACCCGACAGAUCCUCGACUGUCUCCUGGACGAGCGCGAGGAGGAGGGAACCCCUCUGGAGUGCGACUCAGACACCUCAGACGAAGAUGUCCAUCAGGUAGCGAUGCGUCUUCGUGAAUUCGGGGAUGCGUGCAAUGAUACGAUCCGGCAAGAGAUGAAACGCUUCAAACUGGAUUUACAGACCAGCCUGGCUGUAGGUCAGGGACGUGAAAUGUUCUCUAAAAUAGUGAAUCAACUCAGUGAAAACGGAACCCUACAGAAAGAGUUGUCUCAGAUGGGAUCUGAGAUAGGUCUUCUAAAGAUCGUUGUUGUCUUAGGAAUUCAAGCUGCUCACGAACUGCCUAGCAUGGUGCCAGCUAUUAAGAAUGCCAUGGCAGACUUCUUAAAUAUAAGACUUUUGUCCUGGAUUCAAAAAUCAGGAGGAUGGAAGAACAUCCAACUUGAAAAGACUACACCUUCCCAAUCUAAUGGUGAAUGUCUCUAAACCUGGAGCCUCAAUGCAAAGGAACUAUUUCAGAGUGCUAUUGUAAUACCUUUGUCAUUUGAAACUGCUGUUGCAUUUAUACAACAACAAAAAAUUACAUUUGUAUAGCGCCUUUCACGUUGGGGGGAACGUCGCAAGGCACUGGACAGUCAGUGUUUUGGAUCACACUCAUUAUACAGCCAAAAAUCCAGAUUCCUCUCCGGGUCCUCAAAAGAGGAAUUGCAGAUCAGUGUCACAACUGUGCAGGGGCAGAAGUUUCGAGGACAUCAUCCGUUUAGGAGGAGCUGUGGACUCUGGAUGCGACUGGGACCUCAUCUGGGGAAAUUAACAUGUUUACAGUAUUUGUGGGAGAACGUAAUCCAAAAAAAUAAAAAUUGAUAAAUAAAA